AUGCAGCUGAGUAGCAGAGUUUCCAGAAUGGAGUCCGAUCGCCAGCCCUCCGUCUCGAACGAUGAAAAGACCUCGCGCAUGGUCCUCGCCCCGAACGCAGGCCUACCGAUCAGCGACGCGGAUGCACAGCGCAAUAAUUCGACCGUUUCUGGGAGAGUGCAGUCGAAGUGGAAAAGCUUCGAGAGACAGCUGGUGGCGUACAAUCUGGAAGCGCGUGGAAUACAGCGUGUGGAGCCGGACGAGCGUCAUGACCUGCGCUCGUUGGGAUAUGCCCAAGCCGCCAUCCUGUGGUUCUCCAUCAACCUAGCCGCCAACAACAUCACCCUUGGUAUGCUAGGCCCGGCGGUGUUCUAUCUAGGAUUUCUGGACUCGUGCCUGUGUGCUGUGUUCGGCAUGCUGGUUGGAUGCCUCGCUGUGGCUUACAUCGCGACCUUCGGACCCAGAAGCGGGAACAGGACCAUGAUCUUCUCUCGGUACAUCAUGGGUUGGUGGCCCUCGAAGCUUGUGGUGAUCCUCAACAUCAUCGUACUCCUUGGCUACUCCUUGAUCGAUUGCGUGGUAGCCGGCCAGAUCCUGUCAGCGGUAUCGACGAAUAACAUGUCCGUCGUGGUCGGUAUCGUUAUAGUGGCUGUCAUCGCGUGGGCCAUCACCACCUUCGGCUACCAAGUUUUCCACUACUACGAGCGAUAUGCCUGGUUUCCGCAAUUGAUUGUUCUCAGCAUCCUAGCCGGUGUAGCCGGCCCACACUUCAACACUUCGUCUCAAUCAGAGGGACAAGGGGCGACCCUGGCAGGGAAUAGACUCUCUUUCUUUGGCUUGAAUCUAGCAGCUGCUAUUACGUACGGCGGUGGAGCUGCCGACUAUUUUGUGUACUAUCCAGAGCACACCGCGAGAUGGAAAAUCUUUACUGUUACUCUGGUCGGCCUCACGACAAGCUUUACCUUCGCUUUCAUCCUAGGCAUCGGACUCGCUAGCGGAUUGGCCACCAAUGCCGCAUGGGAGGCGUCUUACGGCGUUUCUCAAGGCGCGCUCAUAGUUGAGGGUUUUAGACCCCUGGGGAGCUUCGGCAGCUUCUGCGGCGUCGUUGUAGCUCUCGGACUGGUUGCGAACCUCAUCGUGCCUACCUACUCAUCGGGCAUCGAUGCACAGAUUCUGGGACGCUGGGCAGCCGUGAUUCCACGCGUCAUCUGGAAUACCGUCGGCGUCGUCAUCUAUACCGUUUGUGCCCUUGCCGGCCGCGAACACCUAGCCGAGAUCUUCACCAACUUCCUCGCACUCAUGGGAUACUGGGUGUCUAUCUGGAUGGCCAUUAUACUACAAGAGCACCUCAUGUUCCGCCGCAAGACGGGCUUCAACUGGGCUGUGUGGAAUGAGCAGAAAAAGCUGCCUUUGGGCAUUGCUGCGUUGACUGCGUUUAUCAUAGGAUGGAUUGGCGCCAUUCUGUCUAUGGCCCAGGUAUGGUACAUUGGGCCGAUCGCGAGGCUAGUGGGCGACUAUGGCGCUGAUAUGGGCAACUACGUCGGCUUCGCGUGGGCCGCGGUAGUUUACCCACCGAUCCGGUUUUGGGAGCUCAAGAGCUUCGCCAGCGCCGACAGCCCUCCUGCGGCCAACCAGGCGGUAGAGCAAAUUCCGUCACUUCCAUUAACCAAGGCAGCCGACAGAAUGGGCGAGUUCAAGCGAAACCAGUUGCCGCACGAUAGCUUCGCCGAUCUGACUGGUCUCAUGCGCGCCAGAAAGCCUUGGGCCCCGGUUCAGUCCGUGCCACCAUCUACAAACGGUAUGAUACCUUUAUCUUUGAAGUAUCUCUCACUAACGUCUGUCUCAGCCUCAAGAAACCGCUCCAACGGCAGUUCCCUCGCACCGCAGGCGAAACCGUUUGUACUCCAACGCGCACCACCUAUCGAGUCUUACCUUCGUGAGAGUGGCUUCAGCACACCGACGCCAGUCCAGCAGUAUCACACUCCAGAACCGGAAAUUGGGCCUUAUCAGUCCACCGGCUCCGCUACCCUCGUCAACUCAGAGCACAAUGAUCCGGUUAUAGAACGCCUGGAAGCUCUCCGUGCGGAGAUUGCAGAGUUGGACUCAUGCGAUAAUGAAGACACUGCUCAAGCAGCGAACUUGGCCGAGAUCGACGACGCGCAGCUGGCGAACAACCGGAUGCUAAUGGAAGACUCUCAUCUGAUGACAAACUCCUUCGUGAUCGGAAGUGAGUUCGAGGAUACUCCUCCGAUGGUGCAAUCCCCAUCGCCAGUCUCGCAGCCGUCGCUUCCGCCGCAAGCGCUCAUUGAUGUUGACGAGCUUCAAUCAACCGCGGAUGUUGACACUACUACGCUCGCUUCGCCCACCUUUCGAUUCAACGACCCCGUCGAGGACGAGCCAGUUGUUGCCACUCUUCAGAAGGAGCUCUCGAACGCACUCAAACAAAAUGCUCAGCUACAGCGGGAGAAGAAUCAAGUCAACAGUAGCGAUCGGGAUGUCAGUACCAAGAUCGGAAAGCUUCAGUAUCAGCUUGAGACUAACAAGAAUCACAAGGCUGCGAUGGGCCGUGAGAUCAAACAGAAGGAUAUGGAGCUCUACAAAAAGGAGAUGGAGAUUGACGCCCUCAAAGCUCAAUUAAAAGACGCGGACUCAAUCCGGAAGCAGCUGGAGAGAGUUUCGGCGGAGCUCGGCUAUCUUCGCACUUCCAAAGCUACCGACGAGGAGGCUCAGACACGUUCUAUUGCCAACAUCACAGCGAGCAAGGACAAAGAGAUCGCAGAGCUGAAGGCUGCUGCCAGCAGGAACCAGAGCGCCGGCGCUGAUCACGCUACUCGAGCCCGAAACAACGCUGAGGCCCUUGCAAAGCAACAGAAGAUCAUCCAGGACUACAAGGAGAAACUCUUCAACGAGCAAGAUACAGUCAACAAGCUUAGGGAUAGGCUUGAUGACCUACAGAAGAGCAUCCCUUUGCGAAAGGAGCUUGAAGACCUCCAGGCCAAGCUUCGCGAAAAGUCUUCUCUAACCGAUAAGCAGCGCAAUGAGCUCAAGCUCAUGACGCGACGUUUGGAGCUGUUGCAGCAAUCCCUCCAUAAGGUCAAGGAUGGCGCCGCCGCUCUCAGGGGCGCGGCGCACCUUAUCAACCCGAAGGCGAAUGCGAAGCUACCAAAGCUUGUAUUCCCCUGCAUGGAGUGCUUCAUCAGGAACAUCGACUGCGAUUCCAACUCUCAGUGCGAAAACUGCGCACUGAGGGGCGACAAAUGCUCGCGCUGGAGGUGCUCCAUGAGGCAGGUGAUGCAGGAGUGCAAGGAGGUCCCAUGUCGGUUCACCCAUGAUAUCAAUGGAUGGCUCACAACUACAAAGCCGCGUCCUCAGUGGUGA